AUGAUGAACUUCGACGUUGAGCUGCUUCCGCCUUUUAUUGACCUGUUGCUCAAACGUUUGGACAGCACAAAAAAGAACGCGUUUGCUGAACUAUUAUCUCACCUUUCAUCAAGUCUACAGGUUGAUAAACUACGACCAACUCGUAGAGGGAAAAUACGACAUUCCUUGGAUGAUGUAGUAGGUGAAGUGUUUGAAAAGCUCACUCAGUUUGUUGUACUUGGUGGCGAAACGUUGGAAGGAGAUGGCGCCUCCCAAGAAAGUUUCAUCACUCCGCCAUCGGAUUCGCCUCACAGUUUGGGGUUGUUCGAAGUGUUGCUCUCAAUCGCGCUACUGUCACUGGAAACAUGUCCGCUUAAUGUGUCAAACGCCAUCAAACAACGUUUUGCCCAGACACAAGAAAACGUGGAUAUUCUAUACCAGCUUUUUAGUGAAGCCCUCAAAUUCAAAAUUUACUGCGAACGCAAUAUGAAUACCAUUAUCUCUGUUGCACAGCAAUGUCUAUGGUCUCCAAAGCCAGAUGCACGUAAAUUCGGUGCAAAAUUGUUCAAAGAACUUUUUGUAGCUAUACCGAAACGAAGAGAGAUGACCAUGAGAGCAAUGUUGACACAUGCAGUACAAUCGGACAUGGAAUCAGAAGCUGUGCUCAUUGAGCUCACCACCCUUAUUGAUGAAAGUCCCGAAGCAGUGGAACCGUUCAUAGGGCUCAUAUCGGAAUAUUUCUUCGUUCUUGAACGCAUGUCAGUUGACAAUGUCAAAAGACUUUUUCGCGCAGUUUUUCGCCUAUAUGCUGCUAGGCCAUCGACUAUGUCGCAUAAGGAUAAUCUAAUCACAAUGAUUCCAUUGUUACUUCGCUCAGCUGACAAUGUUCAACCAAUUUUUGGUAUACUGGCUGUACUGUUGAGGAUGGAAACUGGCUAA